AUGACCCCGCCGAGCUGCGGGUCCUGGAACAGCUCCUGCAGCCGCCGCCUCACCGCCAUCUUCUCCCGCCCUGCGUUCGAGAGCGGCACCCGCCUUCUCGGCCUCCCCAUUGGAGCGGCCCUACGGGUAUAUGACAGUGACCCAGCCUGGCCUGAUCUUGGCAGUUCAUAUGUUUUGAUUUCUCUGCAGGCAGACAAAUUGUUGAAAGCACUGAAGCAACAUUUUCAUGGAGCAAAACAAGAAAAUGAAAAUAUGGACUCUGAAGAAAGUGCAUCUGCUUCCAUCGAAUUGGAUGAACAGAACAGUCAGGAGGAACUUAUGCCUGAUCCAGUGUGUUUUAUCACAAAAAGGCGUGGAAAAGAAAAGAAAGCAACCAGAAAAAAAAACAAUUCCAAUGAGGAAACUAACAGCAGUGAAGACAAUACAGGGCAUUCUGCUGAGAAAGAGGAGCAUUCAGAAAUGAAAGAAAACAAAGUGCCACAGCAUGAAAAGGGACAGAAAGUAUUCCAAAACGAUAAAUCAGUAACUAAAAAGAGAGCUAUAGAGAAUCCAGCGAUGGGUAUGGGGCAGAAAGAGCAACCAGAGAAGAUUUCCACUAAGAGAAGUGGAGUGGAAUGUGAUGCUCUUCUAGCUCAUCCCGCAGGAGGGAAGAUCCCUUUAUAUGUAGGCCGUGCAUCUAAGUCUGGGAAAACGGGAACAAAAGCUACCACACCGAACUUCAAAAAGUUGCAUGAGGCUCACUUCAGGAAAAUGGAGUCCAUUGCUGACUACAUUGAGAGGAAAAAAAAAAUAAUUGAAAACUGCAGCAGUUCUCUCAAUGAAGUCAAGGUGCUGGCCAAAAAAUCUAAUCAUUUAAGGGUAUCAGAAAAAGGUACUCCACAUAACAAUUCUAAGAAACAUUCCAGUGGUAAAACAUUCUUAUUCAGCCCAAAUCCAGAGAGAGGCAGAUUCUCCACCACCUGCACUCCUAGCAACCUCCGACGCUCACCACGCAGUUCUUCGAACACUGCAAAUAGGACUAUUUUAUCCAGGAAAUCUUCAUUUAAUCCUUCUGUCCUCUCAACAACCAAAAUGAAUGUCAGGUUCUCAGAAGCCACAAGAGAUAAUGAGCAUAAGCGCUCUCUUACUAAGACUCCAUCUAGAAUGUCUCCGUACUUGGAGGAGGCCUGCACACCUGAUAGCCAGAAGAGCAGCAAAAUCCUAAGUAGGAAAAACAGCAAGGGGAAUGCAACAAGUAAUGAUCUGAACGCAUCAAAGGGCAAAGUGAAUGUUAUCACCCCCUUCAAGUUCGCAGCUCACGUUGUAGAAUCCACAAGCACAAAGAAGACAUUUGAUCUCAAAGCCAGUCUCUCAAGGCCGCUUCGGUAUCAGCCCCAUAAAGGAAGACUAAAACCUUGGGGAGAAUUUAAAGAAAGUACAGUCCUAAAUAAGUCUGCGAACAGCAACAUCUCUUCAUACAGGAAAGACUACAAACAGCCACCUCUCCAGACAAGGGAAGAAAGGCGCGAAAAGCAUGAGCAGGAGAGAAAGAAGAAAAAGGCUCAGGCUCUCGGAAACCGUAGAGGACUAACUGUGGCUUAGGAGCAAUCAGAAAUACCUAAGAGCUCACUGUAAAUACUGUUCCUCUCAUGUAAAUAUUUGUGCUAUCUGUGCAUUAGAGUAUUUGUCAAGUUGCUAUUACUAGUGGAAUUGAAAGAGCUUUGAAUAAGACCUCAUAGUGUAUCUGAGCAUAAUGUUUAAGUGAUUGACUCUUCCAAUAAGUUGAAAGUUCUAAGCUUCUAGGAGUUUAGAAUUACUUCCAGUUACUGAUAAUAUUUUCAUUUAACUCUUGAAUUGACUGGAUACUCUUGACUUUGAACAAAGGCAUCUUCAACAAGUAGAUUUGAUAAGUCUGAACUAAAAGAUGUUGAAGGAGAAAAUGUAAGUGAAAAAAGAUGCUCAGAGAGCCUCCUUGUAACUUAAGUCAGGCUUCCCCAAGAGAGUGCAUUCCUUACUUGCUAGAAUGCAUUCUUUGGACUGCAAGCUUCAAAAUGUUCUACUGGUAAUAAAAACAGCUGGGGAUACCUGCUUGCCCCUUUCCCCAAACCAAUCCUUAAAUCUUUUAACAACCGUUAGACCAAUUAUUCACCAUUCCCUGCUACUCCAUAUGCAAUUAGAAAUCUCCAGGAGAAUAACAAAUAUUUGACCUCUUUGGGAAGCUACAAAGCUUAUGGCAUAGUGUAAUUUUAAAAUAUAACUUUUUUAAAAGUCACAACUAAAAAGUGAUUUUUUUUCAAGUUACCAACUGGAUGCUUUGUGAACAGUUAAGAUUUUGGUUUUUUCCAUGUUAAAUAGCAGAUGUUAAUACAACAAUUACUCUGCUUUAUUCUCUAUAAUGCUUAAAAGGUGUUUAAAGUAUUACUGAGGUACACUCAGCAUCUCAGAUUUAGAAGCUGGUGUUGCUGUCAGGUUUUCUGUCUAUUUUCCCACCCAAAGUAACUAUCUGGAUUAUUUUGGAUGAAGCAGUGACUGGAAAGGUAAUUUAGCAGUUGUAAUCUCAUAGUUAGAAUUGUGAGCAAAUAAUUAUUUGAGUAUACUCUCCUAUCACAUCAAAUAUAUGCUGGAAUGUCAAGCUCAGAAAAUUUUUUUAUAAACUUAAAUGGGAGAAAAAAUAAAUGUUUUGUAUAUAUCAUGGUUUUGAAUAUAUUAUUGUUAUAUCACUUGUGUGCACUAUGUGUAACUGCAUCUACUAUAGCACUGAUUUUGCUCACAUUCGUAUUAUUACUCGUCUCCUUUUUCUGUAACUGAUUGGUUUUCCUUACUGAUUAGCUUGCCUACCACUUUUUGAAUACACGUGUAUUCUGAUAACUUCAGAAAGGCUAAGCAUUGCCCCUGUUUUGCUCUUAAUCUAUUACUUAAUUUUGUGCAAGAAGAAAAUGAUAGUAUAGGACACCCUCGUGUUUUGUCAUGAGUCUCCUAUCAAAGAUAGAUACACUUAAUAUUUUUUAAAUGCUCUUAAAUAAGGAGUGUGUGGAGGAUGUCUAUGUUUUGAUUAGACUAAGAUUAUAGAACAUGUGGAACUAAACUAUUCAGUGACUGAUUGUCCUUUAACACUGUCUCAACUUACUAGAAAACAAACCUCAAAAAUUGAGGUACUGAGCUUUUGUGAUGCCAGCUGAGCCUGUGAUUUUACAGUACUGCUGCGUUCAGCUGACUGCCCUCUUAUCAGAAAGGGUGACCAGAUCUUGCCGGUUCCAGGUUGUCCCUCUCUAACUAUAGUGCCAAGGGCAGUGCUCAUCAAGUUCUCCGCUGCGUCAUUUUAGGGAACUGAUAGUGAUGGGGGGUGUCAUCCACUUCCUCCCCCCUCCCCAACCUUGGAGCAUUACA